UUCCGCUUGGCUUCUCUCCCAAGACACGGUAACAAAGCACAUUUCACCUCGCCGCCGGCCCGUCCCGUCCCUAUAAAUUCCCCUCUCUCCCCUCCUUCCCCGUCUUAUUCUACAUCCACAUUCCACACCAUCACGCUCGCGAAGCAGAGGGAGAGAGACCGGCGCGGCGAGCGGCGGCAAUGGCGGACGCGAACCGGUGGCGGGGGGCAGCGCACGUGGUGUCGCAAGCCUUCGCGCAAGCUGUCGGUGUUCCCGAAGAAGUCCUCAGGUCGAUCAACCUCGCCAUCGCCAAGCUCGAGGCGCGAGCCGGGUUGCUGCGCGCGAUCCGCGACGGCGCCACCCUCGAGGAGGCGACCGCAGGCUACGUCGAGCCGGGUCCCGACGGGGUCCUCCCCGCCGCGCUCCUCGAGGACGCCCGGCGCGGCAUCAAGCGCCGCCGCUCGCUCCACAGCUUGGCCCGCGGCCUGCCCCUCUGCGCCCGUGCACUGGGCCGGGCACCCGACGCGGAGACGAUCCAGAGAUGGGAGAUCUGCAACGUCGCCGUGCUCACCUACGCCCGCCGCGCGCAGAUGGGGCUCCGCAACGCCGCGUCCUUCUACAUGGCGGCCGGGGACGCCAUCGUCUUGGCCUCGGUGCUUCCGUUCGGAGCCCCGCUCCGCGUCGCCUGGAUGGGGGCGGCCGAGCGGCUCACGAGGCUUGCCGCCAGGGAGGCCACCAUGGCGCGCGACAACAUGUUCAUGAUGGGGCUAGCCGUUGGUCAGCAGGCCUGGCUCGCCAUGGCCAUGAUGGGGCUUGCGCCAGGCGCGCUCGGCGGAGGAGUCAACAACCAAGUCCAUCACCAGUAAGCCUCUGUUGCCAUCAGUGGCGUAGCUAGCCCAACAUGCCAGGGUGGUCCACCAAUGCAAAAUAUUCACAUAAAUAUAUUUAUUUAUUAUAAAAAUAUAUUUUUCUCUAUGCUAUAUAGAUUAUGGGGAAAUUCCAGGGUGGUCCAUGGACCACCCUGUCCACCCCCUAGAUACGCCACUGGUUGCCAUUCCUUCCUGCAUUCCUGCGCCCCGGAGAGAGAUUUUUCGCAAGCGCUUCUGUACGGUCUCGGUGUGUGGGGCUCGAAACUCUUGAUGAGUUGGUGGGUCAGAUAAACACGUCCCCGCUUCUUCUAGUACUAUACGUAUGUACAUUGGUUGUUAAUAGUUGUAUAGAUUAGGUGAUUUGUGCUCUAGAAUGUCUGGCGUUCACCUGAUGCAAUCCGGUCUGUCCGCCGUCAGAUUCUCUGGCUGACCAAUGCAAUGCGAACGUGAACAUGUGUACUUUGAAACUGUUGCUGCUCGGUUUCUUGUUGAAUCUCGAAUGUGGGUGAUCAUCUGCUGUGGUGCACGUUUUGUUGGCCAAAGAAAUGUAAAUGCGCUUUGAUCGUC